AAAAUUGCUUCUUUUAUCGUUUUUCAUUGAACUAACCCAAUUAGGAAAGAAAGUAUGGAUCCAAGAGAACCUUGGGUGGAAGUUUGACAAUUAACUAGAAAUAGAAGAGAAAGAACAGGAAGAAAGGGAAAAGUCGCGCCAGAAGAACUGCUUAAUUAGUUAUGAAUUACCACCCACCACUACAACAAAAAAAAACCCAGAAGGGGGAAACAGUAACAGUAUAAACUGCAAUGAUGAACUCUCAAUUGAGCGAGAGGAAGCUGUACACGAUCCUAGGCAUCUUCACUCUGCUCUCAAUUCUCUAUCUCAACUUCAGCGAUCGUCUCUUCAGCUUUUCCUCCAUCCCGUACCUAUGGCAGCCGAAGAUGGAGUUCGCGGGAGUCAAUCGCACCAGAUUCGUUAUUCUCAACAACGAACGAGGAGGAGUAGAAGACUUUUAUAUCAAUGGGUGGAAUUCUUAUUGGUUGAUGGCGGAGAGCGUGUGGGGUGAAUCCAGACAAAAGGUCUCUGAGAUCCUCGAAAGAGGAGCUGCCAUGGGAUUGAGCGUUUGCCGGACCUGGGCUUUCAGUGAUGGUCCCGCCGCUGGACCCAAUGCUCUUCAGCUCCACCCUGGCGUCUUCAAUGAAAGGGCCUUUCAGGGAUUAGAUUAUGUAGUUGCUGAGGCAAGGAGGCAUAGAAUAAGAUUAAUCCUCAGCCUCGUCAAUAAUUUGAAAGCGUAUGGUGGAACUACUCAAUAUGUUAGGUGGGCACAAGAAGCUGGUGUCAAUGUCUCUUCUUCCAGUGAUUCUUUCUUCACCAACCCAACUAUAAAAGACUAUUACAAAUCGUACGUUAAGGCUGUUGUGACUAGAAAGAAUUCCUUAAGCAGAAUUAGAUAUUCAGACGAACCCGCCAUAUUUGCCUGGGAACUCAUAAAUGAGCCUCGAUGCACAUCCAGUUCAUGUGCUUCCGAUCUUCAGGCGUGGAUUACUGAGAUGGCUGCAUUCAUUAAGAGUUUGGAUCAUAAACAUCUUGUGACUAUCGGGCUCGAGGGGUUCUACGGUCAGAAAACGAGAACAAACCUUGCCGUGAAUCCCGGAGAAUGGACAACUUCCCUCGGUUUGGACUUCAUACAGAACUCAGCAACUAAAAACAUAGACUUUGCUUCUGUUCAUGCUUAUCCUCAAAGCUGGAUCCCGGGUGCAAAUUUAACCAGAAGAAUAAACUUUCUCUCGCGCUGGGUGGAUUCUCACAUAAACGACGGGGAAAAUGUCCUGAAGAAACCCGUCCUGUUCACAGAAGUCGGAUUUCCUUUGGGUUUGCAGCCAGGAGGGUCUUCUGAAAGAGACACUCUUCUGAGAAUAGUUUAUGACAGGAUUUACGAAUCAGCCAAGAACAGAAGAGCUGGAGCUGGAGCCUUAUAUUGGCAGCUAUUAGUAGAGGGAAUGGGGAAACAAUACGGGGAUCGAUUCUCGCUAGUCGCGUGGCAGCACCCUUCAACUCUCAAGCUGAUUACAGAACAAUCUUUCAGGCUGCAGAAUGCAUCUUCUUACCAGAGGCAAACAAACACAAACCUCAGUCAUGUUUCAGCCAAAACACCAUAGGAGAUUAGCCAAAGGUUCAAUGCAAAGAAAACAAUAUGUUGAGAGUGGGAAUGUUGUCUUCCUGGAUGAAUGAUUGUUUCACAGUUACAAUGUCGGUUUGAUACGAUCUCACAUUAGCUCGGCUCCUUCAAGAAUAGAGUAAUACAUAAGUCGGGACCAAACCCCCACGGUUCAACAACAGCACAGCAAAGUUAGGUACUCAAGUCAAACCUUAACUCUACCACGGUCCACGAAAGUUAGUCUGAGAAAAGAGGUUUGACUCAUACAAUGCCCCCAUUCUUGAAGGAGCCGAUGUGGGGUUGUAUUAUAGUUUAUCUUGAGUCGAGUUUGUAAGUUGUAGCGCCUUGCUAGGUAAAUGAUACAAGAACAACAUUCAUUAACAUUGUGAACUUUCCAUAAUCAAGAUUAUAAUGAUCUUUUGAAUAAA